GCAGCUGUCUGUCACUGCACUCCGUCAGUUUCUGUUCGGGUCGUUCGGUGUUUGGAUCGUCUUUGGCGCUACGGUUCGCACAGUUUUACGAGUGCAGAUGUGAGGGUGUGUAAAAGUUUGCUGCAGUUUUCAUCAGCACAACAUCAACGGUGGAAGGUUUUAUUUGCUGCGAGUUCUUGUUUUAUUGCGUUUGGAUGUGAGAUUCAAGGAAAGUGUGGAAAUGAUACAGUUGGUGAUACGUGGUCAAGCUGGACUUACUCGAUUUCACGGAAUAUUUACUACUUGCUGCUGCAGUCGUUCGCUGAAAUUCAAUCUGACCAGAUGAUACGGAGCAGUCGUCAAUAGAUACAUUAUGUACAUUUCCUAGGAUAAUCAUAAACAGAGAUUUCGCCCAAGAAGACUUCAGACUACAGAGCAAGGACCAUUCAUCAUUGAACGAGGACGACGCCAUCCAGGAAGAGGCCAAUGCAGGAGGAAAUGCAGAACGACCUUUAGCGACUAAUUCUAUUUCACGAUUAUCGAACAUUGCCGUGCGAUCAGAGAACACUUUGCCAGUUGGUGCUGAAGAACGAGAUAAUUCUCAGUGGGAAAGGAAUAACACAUAAAUUGUUAUUGGCUUACUGAUUGUGCUGCUCAUGUUGGAACGUUGUGCUAUGGUUCAAGUUCAAAUAUAUGCUCUGGAAAACUUUUCGCUUGGUUAAGGAACGAUUAGCAGCUGUGCCGGAGUAGUGCGGCGGUGCCCUUCGGGAAGUGCAAAUAUACCUACCCACUCUAUCUUAAUUAGACAAAUAAAGGCGACCCCAAGCAGAAACUCGAGACGGGGAAGAAAUUCAAUUUAAUUUCGGUCGGCAAUACAAGUGGUGAAGUUACCGUGGUGGGCACGGAGAUGGAUACCACACCCGUAUAGUGUUUAUGGACGGGAAAACAUUGUGUAAAGUGAACGUGCGAAAACGGUAUCAGCGUUGAGGAAUUAUACAAGUGCUACUUCUCUAGUAGCGGUACCAAAAAAGAAUGUGUAUAGGAGAGCAACAUAUCAACUACCUGCCAGCAAUAUUGUUCACCAGUUUGGUGCUUCUAACUAAAAGUGCGCACGGAAUUGAUUGCUUCAAAUGUGUGUCGAUGAAUGGUGCGAACAAGGCGUGCGACGACCCGUUCCACAAUAACUACUCCACCGCCAUCCUGGAGUCGCCGUGCAUGGGUGGGCGAAAAGGACGGGACGGACUGUUUCCGGCCACGUCGUGCAUCAAAAUUGCCGGUUACUACGACGACACCCGUGAAACAAUCACCGUCCGAGGAUGUGCGCUGGAUAGUGGAACAUUGACUACCGAUACGGAAAUCAUUCGGAUGUCCCAUUGCGGUCGGUUCUUCUACGAUGAUAGAUACGUCCACGGAUGUCUGCAAAGCUGCAACGAUGCUGAUGCAUGCAACCACAGUUCGAGGUUGGCGGCAGUCGAUCCUUAUCGGGUUGGCUUCUGUUUGGCAACACUGUAUCUCCUACUGUACUAUCAUCGGCAGCAAGCCUUGUCCAGUUUGCUGUACCUAGGCUACGAAAGCUAACAAAGAGGAAUCUAGCCACACUAUCAUCACCGUCGAGCGAAUAAUUUAUGAAACCAGUGCAUAGUCGUAGCGUUUAGUUAGCUUCAGCGGGCCAUUUGGUGGCCGUUAUUAUAUCAAACUAUGGGCUAGAAUGCCGUAACAGCACAGUGUUUUUUAUAGCAUACCAUUUUUCACAGCUUCUCCAUUGUUUGUACACUAACUAAUCCUCACGAAAUGUAGUGUUAGACGUUGCAACAGACCGUGGCGAACAAUUCGAACAAAAGGUGUGUCGGUCGACCAAACAAAUACAAACAAAUGCACUAACUAGGUAGUAAGAACACACGAUCAAUUGAUGCAAUGUGACUAUUGCUGCACCGAAGAAUUGAAAAUCAAAAUGUUACUGGACAGGGCAUUCUUAACAACUUCUCAAAUUAAAUUGAGAGAUGAAGAACAUGGAAUCAAAUAAUUAUGUAAAAUAUUUACUAUAGAUUCAAAUAGAACAUCGGGUGAUCCAUCAGCGCUUCAAGUUCAUGGUUUGGAUAUGUAUGUUGGAAUUUGAGAUCGUAUCGGCAAUCUACUUCAGUAGAUAUGGUGCUUAAAGCUAUCACUACGUUUAUGGCCGUACGUAACUGCUUAAGUCACACGUAGAUGGAAAAACAUUCAUUUUGACCCCAUCUUCCCCUCCGUGGACAAGUACGAGCAAUACUUGAACCUCUACUCUACUUCUAAUGAUAUCUAGGGUUCGUGUAUUUCAAACUUUUUAUAUAUUUGUUGCAGUUUUCUUGGAUUUCUUCAAAGUGAUCCUUAAAUGAACCGAUCCGUUCAAGUACACCACAUUACAUUUUUCUACAAUAAUCUUUUUAGUUUUUGGAUUUCAGUUAAGCGGUUCGGCUUUAAGAGCGUUCAUUGCAAACCUCUGCCAAAACACGCCAUAACUCCGACAACCUUGAAUAUUUCUUUCAAUUCGACUUGUUUUUUUUAAUCUUCGAUAGUGUUAUCAACAAACUGUCGUUUGCCUUUAAAAAAAAUGCAUAAGAGAAGAAGCUCUCGGCUUAUGCGGAAACACAAUUAAUUGUGUUUUUUUUUCUGUUAGUGGAAAUUUUCCGAUUUUUCGGAUAAUCAUUGGAAAUAGUCAUACUUCGUUGCAGACGACGGCAAUAACCUUAAGGCUUUUACCUGAGGCAAAGAUGCUAGCAUCAUGACAGAAAACUGACUUUUCACUGCUUACGGCUAGAUUUGAAAGAUCAGAGAUAAAUAUAUUAUAUAAGAUUGGAGCGACGCUUGGCCCUUGAGACACCUGCUUUAACGGGUAGUAUAUUAGAUUUACAAUUCUGAUAAUAUACCUGUAAGGUCUGAUUGGUAACAUAAUUUUUAAUUAUCAUGAUUAUGUAAAUUGGAAAAUAAAAUCCCACAUUUUGGCAAUUAAUCCUUUAUGUCAAACACUAUCGAAACUUUAAUAGAAUAGAAGAACUAAUAGAAGAGAGUAAACUAAUUGGUCGAUAACUAGAUGCAUCUGCUAAAUUUUUAUCUGGCUGCGGGAUAGGAAAUACUUUCACAUUUGUUCUUCCAUUCCCAAGUAUGCUAAUUGAAAACAUUUGUUGAAUAAUUUGACCAAAUAUCUCAAGGUUUUCAACAAGAGUGUUAGAAAUGGAUGAAUUUGAUCUCACCUUAGCUUGUUUCAACAAAUUCGUCUAGAGACAAUUCUUGAUUUGAAACAUUUUUAUAAUUUUCUAAGACUUCAUUUUCAAUAGGACUCACAAUGUUGAGUUUAAAAUUAUGGACGCUCUCAAACUGCUGAGCAAGUUUUCAUGCUUUUCUCGUUUGUUAGUUGGAAUUGCUUUAUGCAUUAUUCCACGAUCGGUGUUUGGCGUCAAAAGCGCCAAUUACGAAGAAUUUCAACUGAUUUCUUGAAAGUUUUUGUAAGUCUCGUUUAAAGAAAUUAGUUUGCUCGCCAGUGCAUUGAAAAAGCGAAUGCACUGCAGUAGUAUAAACUAUACCAAGAUCGGUUUAAACUUCAAUAGGUAAAUUUUCGAUCACCUUGGUGUUAAAAGAGAGUAAAACGCAAUAUUUGAUUCUGCGAUUAACCGAUUAAUCGCUAUUGCGAUUUCUCCACCGAAUCCAACAAUUUUAUCAAAUCGAUGAAUGACAAAAUUAGGGUUACUGUUUAACUUAAUAUUUGGUUGUAAAAAACCAAAUAUUAAAUUAAAUUUUUAACCCUCAAGAAGUUGAAAAAUUCGUCUUCGCACGUUUUAAUGCACGAGCAUAUAAAAAAUAAAUGAUUAUUUAAAGUUAUUUUUAAACUUUAAAGGCAUGACAAAUUGGUUAGAAAAUACCCAGCCAGUUUGAAAAGCUUCAAAUAUGAAGGUAGAAUAUAACAUCGCAGUCAUCAAUUGAAACAUUUAUUGUUGCAAAAAAAAUCGAUUUUUGCUUCCGUAAUGCAACCUAGAUCCAUUGGAGUGAAGUAAGCGUUGUAUGGAGAUGAAGUUGGAGGCAUGGUCGUCAUCGUUCUUUUAGCCACGUUUCCUGCUACUGAAGCAUAAGAUGACGUACCAUUGCACAGUGGGCCAGAAUGCAAAUUCAGCAGGAAUUAUGAGAUUUUACUAAAACUAAACCACUUUCGCAAUUUUUGAGCUUAUCAUUUUUGUGGAAACAAUAGAGUGGUUCUUAUUUCAUCAAGAUAAAAAAUUUGACAUUUUAAUCACUCAAGAUAGAGUCACACGACCUGCAGUGAAGCUGUAGAAUGAAAGUUUUAGAAAAGUUUGCUGACGACAUAUUUUUCAUUUUACAACAAAUUUACAAUCAACGUUUGGGGUGUUUUAGGUGUUUUUAGAAAAAACUGUUUUAUUCAAAUAACUCUUGCGGUACACUGUAAACUCCAUUUACAAACCAAACCGUUCGUAAAUUGAAUUAGUUCGUAAAAAAGUGUUCGCUAUUUGGGAUUUACUUCGAGAAAAGAGUUUGCUUCACAUUCUUAUUAAAAUUCGUUGGUUGAGCAAGUUUCUCGAUAACCCUAACAAUAUGGAUAUUUUUGGAACGGACUUGACAAAUAGAUGAUUAAAAUGAACAAAUGGAAUCGUUUUGAAAUCCAAGAUGCGACUUCCGGUUGAGCAAUACUCACGAUAACCCUAACAACAUAAGUAUUUUUGGAAUGGGCUUGACAAGUAGAUAAUGAAAAUAGACAAUUGGAACCUUAUUGAAAUCCAAGAUGGCGACUUUCGGUUGAGCAAUAUUCACGAUAACCCCGAGAAACCGGAAAUCGUCAUCUUGGGUUUCAAUAUAGCUUCAGAUAUCGAUUUUUGUCAUGAGAUCGUCAACACCUUUCCAAAAAUAUCCAUACUGCUGAUGUUAUAGAGAACUUAUCGAAACCGAAAGUUGCCAUCUUGGUUUACAAAAUUGCUCUAGAUUUAGAUUCCCGUCAUUCACUCGUCAAUCGUUGCCCAUAUUUUUGAGGUUAAGGGAAUUUAUCUAAACCGGAAGUCGCUAUCUUGAAUUACAAAAUGGCUCAAGAUAUCGAUUUCCGUCAUGCACUCGUCAACUCCAUUCAAAAAAUAUCCACAUUGUUGAGGUUAUAGAGAAUUUAUCGAAACCGUCGCCAUGUUGGAUUACAAAAUGGCUCAAGACAUCAAUUUCCGUCAUUAACUCGUUAACUUUAUUCCGAAAAUACCCAACUUUUAUUAAUAUCAGUUAACUAGGAAUGUGUAAAAUUGUAUACAACUUCCAACUCAAACUUUUUUUACGAACUUGUAUCGUAAAAAAGAGUUUGUUAUUUCGAAUUUAGUUCGUAAAAAAAGUUACGUAAAUCAAUUAUUACUUAAAAAUGAGUUCGUAAAUGGAGGUUUCACUGUAGCCAUUUACAACUGAAAUCAUAUUCAGACAAGUUUAAGAUUGUUUUAAAACGAAUAAUUUGUUUCAUGGCACCACAUAUUUAACUAUUAUCGUUGAAAUGUUAUGAGAGUGUCUUCUCCAAAAAUUAAGUUCUUUGGUAUACCAAUAUCAUUCAUUGGGACAAACAAAAGAUAAUUCUUUUUCAACUAAAUAUAUGAUUGGAGGUAUAAUUGAGCAAAAAAUGGAGAGCACUACGUUUUUUUAAAUUUCACAAAAUUGAUUCCAAAACUUUUAAUAUUAUAAAGUCUUUUGAAUAAUAGAAGCUAAAGUUUUGAUGUAUUAGAAGGAAAUGAUUAUCUUAAAAAAACUCCGAAACACAUUUAAAGGAUAUGUUAGCAAAAAAUAUAAAGUAUAAGAGUUAUAUUAAAAUUUUAUUUUACUUUAAAUUGCUUUCACGGUGGAAAAUAUAAAAUAUAUAGCUUGGUCUCCAUGAUAAAAUGCUGCACUUUACAAGCUUUUUCUAUUAUUUUAGAUAGUGGGUAGGGUAGUUUUAAAUUUAUUAAAAUCAGAAAAUUUACUUUUUAAGUGUUCGAAAUAGUGUUUCGUUUGAAUUUUCAUUAAAAUGACUUUAUAAAUACUUUGAGAUAUUUUGAAAGAGAACAGUUUGUCUUGAUAUAAUGAAACUCUAAGUUUCGUUAUAAAGUUGUACAGAGUUUUUACUAAAAAUGAACUAUUUCAGAGGAAAUAUUGCAAGAUAUUCAAAAAUAUCGUAUUUGCUAUAUUUUGAUGAUCUAUACUAUAAAGAAAUAUCAUAUAUAUGAUAGCAACGGUUUUUAAUGCUAAGUGCUUUAUUCGAAAAUAAUUCUAUUUUAAAAAGUUAUAUUUUUAUUAAAAAUUCCUCAAGUAAAGAAAGUCUCAAAUCGUUAAAAAGUUCAAUUUUAAAUGGUGCUAAAAUCAGAACCACCCUACCUACUGUUUAGACGAACAGGAGAGUAUUGCAAAGCACAACUUUCCUGAACAAAUCGUAAGGCCAAAUUAUUUAGCUUUAGCAAAAAGUUAAAAUUCCUGUUAAAUUGACAUUCUGGACCACACAUUGGGGACCAUUCAUAAAAUAUGUAACGCAAAAAUUUCCCAGUAUUAGCUCCCCUCUCUCCAUGUAACAAAUUGUUAUAAAUUUCUUUAUCCGUACCUCUCCUAUUGCAUAACAAAUCCGUUAAAAUUUAUUUUUUCAGUAAAAACAUGCAACGUCCCAGCCUACUCUCUCUCCCAUAUGUGACAACAUGUAACUAUUUGUUAUACCCCCCUCCCCUAAAAGCGUUACGUAAUUUAUGAAUGGUUCCUUGUAGGAUGGUGUAAAUGAAGAUCCUUAUAUAGGCAAAGAAGUCGUAUUUCUAUUUUGAAGCGGAUUAACACAUUUAAUCUUGUUUUCUCGAAGUGUGCAUGUCGAAAUAGGUAAAUUUUUAUUGGUUGCUUUGUGCGAGAAUUUAUAGCAUUUUUUUCUCGAGUGUGUCGAUCUAGAAUAUCGGUAUCUAGCGGGGUAAUUAAAUAGAUCAAAUGUGUUGGGUUGCAGCUGCGGUUGUGUGUGAUCUCGCUUUAGAGGCAGGGUACAAUCACUAUCCCCAAUGCAAUAAUCAUGUGUGCUUCCUAACACGACAUCAUAUCCCAGGGAUAGCAUACGGGUUUGUGUAUUGGGCCGGAGUCUCAAGAGUUGCAAGUUGUAAGUAGCGGUUUGCCCACUACUCAGGAUCUGAUUGUCCGGCGGACCCUUCUUAUCAGGGCGACCUGGAAUUUCGAACCUUCGUAUGUAAACAAACAAAAAAGGGAAAAACAAAUAAACUAAAUUUUACCGUGUUUAUUGUCCUCCAACUUUCUCUCCUCUGCACGCUGAUACUCGAUCUACUACUAUUGGCGACGAGCGGUAUAUCCGACCGGCCGGGACCGGGACGGCCGAGUUCUCCCGUUUUCCGUUGGCUGCUCCAGCAGUGGUCCUUUGCUUUUAGCUAGGGAUAUGAGCUUGACUCCUUUGUUGGAACCUCCUUAGCGACGAAUCGCCGGAUCGUCUAUUCGCCGUUAACGAUCCCGGAAGUCACCACAGUGAUCUUCCCAGGGGGAGCCUUGAUCCGCCCUGCUUCGUUCUCUUUGGCGAUUAAAUGUGGAGGAGAGUUUGGCUCGAUCAACGGAUUCUCCACAGUCAGAACGGUCGGUGACUCGAUUCCUUGCGGUUUAGCCGGGGUAGCGAAAACACUCCUUGACCUUACCCCUUAAUAGCGGAUCGACACCGCUUAUACGUGUGCCCGAACCACGGGCCGGCACUCUUCGACGGAUUCAACUGGCCGUCACACGCGCGCACUUUACUUCACUGGCAAUAGUGGCGGAAAACUGUUCCGAAAAGGACUUGUUAAUUCUGGCGUCUGAUAACCAUGGUUCGUCACUAACUAAACCCUAUGCUAAUUAUACACAAAUGUGAAACAAAAAUUAUUUCACCUAUCUGCACAAACAAAACCGUUCACAAACGCGAAAAUGAACGAAAAUUUACAACUAAAUGUGAACGGUAUCGAACAGCGGUGGGCAUAAUAUGUAAACAAAUACACUCUACGGAGAGUGUACGCCAUAAUAGGUAUAGUUCCACCCAGGGCUAAAUUGUUACCCUGACGGUUUACAAAGUUCGAAUCUUGACUCUGGGGGGAUUUUUAUCACAUAAUUGCUUUCGCUUAGCUCACAAUUUUGAUGUUUUCCCCAUUGGAAAGUCUUGGCACUUACGUCAAAAACCAAAAAAAAUGAAUUGUUUGUAAAAUUAUGUUUCAAAUGUCAAAAUAAAAUAGUAGGCAUGAUGCUACACACAUCCAUUGUUAAUACGAGAUGUGUGCAGGUAUUUUUAAAGCACGAUGAAAAAAUACUUUACUCACGCGGCCUCAAAUUGAGCUGUUUUUAGAGAAUAAAUUGCAAAGAAUAGUCGAAUAUAUUCAGAUUUUUUUAUUUUGAGGUCUCAUGUUUUGAUUUUUAAAUUUUAAUUUUGAAGAGCGGAAAAAUUUCUUUACAUAUUUCUAGAGCUUUUAUUCAAAACGCCAUAUCUAACAAUGGGAGACUUUAUUCACUUUCUCUUUCGAUUUUUACGGCGUCAAAUGUUUACCAUUCUUAUAUUUGAACCAAGACACCUGUGAUCAUUAGUUAUUCCUCGGUUCGUCCAUACCACAAAAUUUAAAUUCAUGUAGACAUCUGAAAACUUAACGAGAUCUAUGGUUGUACUAUUUUUAACUUUUUUAAUGAAAAAUACAUUUUUUGUUUAAGCUUUUUAUGCGUGCAUACUUGUUGAAGUCUUUGUUUCAUGGUUGCUAUACCAGAAUAACAGACAUUUGAAUUAGCUGAUUAUGAGGUGAAGUUAGUUGACAAAGAUAUUGACCCUUUCAUUUUCGCACUCGACGAAGUGUUUCAAGUCAUUAUGGGACAUGAGGGCCUCUACGUCGAUCGUACAACUGAAUACUAGAUUCUGCAGUGUUUGAAGUCGAUCACAGCAAUUUAGGUAAAACUCAAGAUGAACUCUGAACAAUCGUUAUAUGCAUAAUAAUUCGGUAGCAGGAUGCAGACUCACACAGUUAUAUAUGCUAGUUUGUUUGGAGAAAAAAUCAUUGAAUUGUAAUAAUUUGCUUCACCUUUGAUCGGUUGGAAAUAUUAAAAAAAAACCGGAUGUAUCAUUUGGUACCAUGAGUGUGGUUGACUUAAUCAAAAUAAACGAAAUUCCCAUAGUUACGUUCUACCUAAUUCCCAUGGACCUACGACGGCAGGACUUUGAAAUACUUAAAACAUGAUUUUUUAUCAAAUUAAUCAACUCCAAAUCCAAACUAUCAACUUGCGCUCGAAGAGUAAGUAAGUAAAACUCGAAACUGUUGCAAAUGACUAAAUCAAAAGUAAAUGUAGAUUACUCACAAACUGUAGAUAAGUAAAACAAUUUCGAAUGAGAGGCUGACUAACGAAUUAAUUAUGUCAACUCAAACAAAAAUGAAGAAUGAUAAAAUGCAGAUUAGCCUCACCGGAUCCAGCGUAGCGACGCAGCUAUAUCUCUCUGGGGAACAAAUGAUUUGAAUAAUUUAACAGCAUUAUCAUUUUGUAUCAAGCAAAAAACUUUUUUUCGGAAGAAAGAAAGGAUAAAAACUUUAUCAACCCACAAGCAAAUCACGACAAAAUGCUGCCCGGAAAAUAGAAGAAGAAAGCGACAUGGAAGGAUCGUUAGAAUUUAUAAUUGCUCGAAUCAUCGUCAUUGCACUGCAACCAUGUAACUUUCCGGUAAACUGGUUGGAACAAAGUUUGUCGCGAGAAUCGUGGCAUGCUCGAUUAGAUAUUCAUGGAUCUGUUAUUACAUGUUAAGUUUCUCGUGUACUCCCAACUUUUUAAUUUUUAAUAUAACUCGCAUACUGCAGUGUGUUUGAUUGCGGAUUCAGUUAGGUACAGUGAUAACCAUAUUCUCUAAUUCUUUGAUUUUAUUGUAUUGCUCUAGACGAUAAAUGUAUGCGGAAAAGGGAAUUUUCAGUUAUUUUGGAAAACCGUGUUUCGUCAAAUAAUUCCGCCAUAGUUGCUCCAAACUAUAGCUGAUGUAGCAAUUUAUAAGCAACACACAAUGUCCAAUAAAUUCAAUGAAAGCAUGCGACCAACACAUUAAAUUCCUCACGCGUACAAACUAAGCUACCAAAUAAAACGUUUUGUAUAACACAAAUUAAAUGUAUAGAAAAUGUCCGCUUUGUAGCAAGUGACCAACACGUCAGAACCCCCUGCUGGACGGGUAAUGCAAAAAAAAAAACAAAACAUUGGUGAAGGUUUCAAAUUUCAUACAAAUAUAAAACUAAAAAGCAGAAAUCACUUAGUACGUUUCGUACUAACAAAGAAACGGAGAUAAGUAUUAACAUUUGGCGUCUCCGAAUGUUUGCUAGAUAAAGCGAAUCUUAUGAGUAAGACACAUUAGAAAAGUUAAAUACCACUUUUAUAGUGCUGAAAGAAAAUGUAUUCCAUAUUAACUGUUAGCCAAAGCACUUUAUGUAUCGAAAUAGGCAUUGAAAUAAUAAAAGAAAGCAAACAGUCGAAAAGGCUUAACAACAGUGAUUAUAAAAAAUCCGAACAUAAUUAAGUGCUUUAAGUGCCUGGAAUUAAAACGACAUAAUUGCAACUUAGCAAAAACCUGCGUUAAUUUCUUUUGCUUGUAUAUCUGUCAUUAUAUUUUAUACAUUAUAUUAUGAAUUAUGAGCUGCAUCAAUAAAAUGGAAUUGUUAUCGCCUUCGUAACCACGUAAGCACAUUUCAAAUAAAUGAAUUUGUAUGUCAAAUAAUAAGUUAAGCUAUUGAUUAUUCGUGGUGUCAAUUAAAAGUCCAAUAAAGUGCAGCAUUCUCCCCUUAAGAGCACUCUAACAAGUUACUGUGUGCUGCGUAACAGUAGAGUUGAUAGUUUUACUUCUGAUUCCAUACACUGUUUCAAAAAAAAAUUCGCAUUUGCUUCAAUUUCCGAUUUGUUCUUUCGUACCACACUGAUAUUUCUCGCGGUUAAGUAACUUUAAGUACCAUAAAGUACAUUAAAUCUCGCCAAUAUUUAGAAAGAGCGUGACGAGUAAUUUAAAUAUUCACUAGCGUAAACCCGCUGUCUUAAGUAUUAACUUCCUUAUUGAUGGUGCUGGUUGUUGAGGUUAGGGUGCUGGAUGCUGUGCGUUUGUUGUUGCCAUUAUGGUCUGAACAGCUACCACAAAUUUGGGAACAGUCUGUGAUUCAGGUGAUUGUAUUGAAGACUAUGUUUCAGACUAGGAUCUAGAGGACCUAAGCAACCAAAAGUUCGUAUAAGGGAGCUGCAUAAGCUUCUCGUUUUAAAUAAUUUUUCAGUAUGUUUUAUGUUCUAAUUGCGGCUUAAGCAGCUUUCAAGUUCCAUUAAAGCUUAAGCAGCUUGAAAGUUCGCUAAGAACUUUAUGUGAACUUCAAAGUGCGCUUUUUAAGUUUUAUCCGAACUUCUGGUUGCUUGGUGAGGAUCAUUGGGUCCAGAUCCUUCUGAAAUUUUCAACUUGUUUAGAAAAUUUAAGUUAGUAUCAAUAUUAAUUCAGUCUUUGUAUCGUUUAGCACCAUCUGUCAGAAGGGCUUAUCUGUGUUUUCGCCAUCUUUCUAUAUUUGUACACUGUGUGACCUUUAAGACAAAAGAAUCUUUUCUCCUAGAGGAGAACCCAACCUGUGCCGCAACACUGGUUCCAAUUCUAGGUAUCAAAACUGGUUCUUGCUGUUAAGCUCUCAGCGACUCGGAGUUAAUCUAACUCCACCCCGUAUGAACUCGAACGUUUUCCUUGUGUGGAAUAAGCUGCGCUUUUGAGCAUCAUGUUAUGAAUAUUUAGAAUUGUAGAUUUUUCAUUCCAGAGACCCACUCAGCGGAGGUUAUCUGCAAUUUGGCAUAUAUACCCAGUCAAAAAAACGGGGACGAAUAUUGUCAGGCAAAUUGAAUAUUUUGACAUUUUAGUUUAUUCGCUUGUACUAACUGCCCCUAGGAACAACUGCCACCUUUUGGAUGCAAUUAAAAGGCAAUUUAAAUACUUAGACAAAUUUUCUGGCCGCUGAAAUAGACUAAUUAAUUUUGUUUCGCGUUUUUCCAACAUUGCGGUUCAUGUGUGGCUUAAGCGUAAACUUGAUUUUUGAACAAUUCGCGUUUUCUCGCUUGUUGUUUAAUUGUCUAGUGCACCUUAUUAGGCCAACGAAAAAAGGAAUUUGUGUGUAAAUAUAGUAGACCAAGAUCACUGACCUAAAGUCUUAACGAACGACAGAUUAUGGUAAGCUAUGAUAUGCAAUACCAAUUUAAAUUUUUUCUAAAGCUUGGCGGUUAUUAGGGGAGACUGAGGAGACUUGAUACCCUUUUUUAUUUUUCAAUCCUACUCCGUGGAAUGAUACAAAAACUAUGUAUUUUUUGUAGUUUUAUAUUGUUUCUAGGGUUGACUGAUAAUCAUAAAAAAAUACAUGGAAAUAUUAUACUGGACAUGAGCUAUGAGCAUUUUUGGAAAACAACAAAAAACUGGAAAAUUCUUUGAUUAGUGGAGCCUCGAUCCCUAAUUUGGGAACACUUGAUUAUUUUUUGAAAACGUGUUUAAAAGAGCAUGUAGGGUAAUAAGCCUAUUUUUACCCUUUGUCUAUUAUCAUCCUACCCAUCUGAAGCUUUUGGUUAGAGCAGCGUCUGCCAUCUUUGCUCAACGCAUUGGCUCAAAUGGUGUUGCGAUGAUAGGGGUACUCGAUUUGAGUUUUAGCUGCGCUCAAACAGAAGAUUUUCACCAUUCUCAACACAAUUUUGUUAUUAUAUUGGCCCUUAAUAAGUGCCGAAUGACCUCAAGGCUAAAACCUCUAUAAUCGAAAUAAAAAAUGGCGCCUAAUAACAAAGCAAAGAGGCUGAAAUAAUAAAAUUAACAAUGAAAUAAUGUGAUACCCUCGCUAAUAGAACAAAAAUAGCUACCUAACCCCAUUCAAUGUUAUAAAUGUAUUGUGGUAUUGAUUAAAUUGUUGCGAUUACAUAUUACUAUUUUUGUUACUACAUAUUACGCAUCUCUCACAAGAUUUUUUUUCGAAUUCUCCAAAUCUCUGUGCAAUUAUUUGAAAGCUGUCGUUCUUAUGGUUGAGGAACGUCAAAUGUGGGAUGCAUGGUUGCUACGUAUACUGUAGUAAACAAUUACAGUUAAGUUUCUGUACGUUGAAGCGUUCAUUUUUGACAGUUUUUUUGUUAUUUUAUGGCAACAAUGACUUCAACUGUUCUGGUGUGAAUUUGGUUAUUUUCAGUGGUGUGUAUGAAGCAUGGCGAAGGGGAUCAAAUCUCCACGAAUUUGAAGGGAUCAAGUGAACCCAUAGCAUUUAUUUCAGCAAAGUUUAGUACAAGUAUAGUUGAACAAAAAAUCAGCUCAAUCGUAACGUAUUCAUAUAAUUGACAUUCUCCUGUAAUUCUGUAUGCAAAAGUAUAGUAUGUAGUGGGUGACUUUAUCAAUUGUAUAAAAGUUUGAAAAUUUUGAAAAUAAAUCUUCUUCAGUUCUUCUGAGAUUUUUUUCUUUGAAUCGCUAAAAAUUCGGUAACACAUAUCCAAUUUAUUUUUUUGUGUUAAAGAAACUUAUGUUUAGAUAAAGCUGCGCAACUUUCUAGUAUAUUCGAUUAAUGUACUCUGAUCCGCCUUUGAGUUACAAUGAUGGGAUCAAGUCUCCCCGGGGAUCAAGUCUCCUCAGUCUCCCCUACCUAGUAUGCUGAUAAGUUUAUUUGGGUACAUAGUGAGUCCGAAAAUAAGUAUAGGUAGGCAAUUAAGGGCGAUUAAAUGGCGCGUUCCGUGAACGAGCGGCAAAAAAAUGACGGCGGCAAAUCGCCCAAAUGUUGCAUUUGAUAUAGCCCCCUAAUUGCCAGCAAUUUGCUGGAAAAUUGAAGUUAUCACAAUCUGUCGUUCAUUAAGACUUUAGGUCAGAGAUCUUGUUCUACUAUACUUACACAUCAUUCCACAAUUUCCCACAUUCGUUGGCUAAAUGAAGUGCACUAGACAAAGUACAAGUGAGAACACGCCAAUUGUCAAAGAAACAAUUUAAAGCUUAAGCCAAACAUGAACCGCCAUGUUAGAAAAACGCGAAAAACAACCAAGUCCAUUUCAGCCGCCAGAAAAUUUGUCAAAGUAUUAAGAAUUGCCUUUAAAUCACAUUCGCAAAUUGCAUUCGUUCCUAGGGGCAAUCAGCACAGGCGAGUUGAGUCAAACGCCAAACUGUUUAAUCACCUGACCACACUAAGAAAAAUUAUAUGGUAACAUGUACCAUAUGAGGAGGUAAAUUCGACUUUUCGAGUGUAGUGGUUUUUAACCGACUAUAGCAUCAGGUCACAUCAACUAUACCCAUGUUCAAGUUUACUAUACAAGAGCUCUUGACCACAAUAGUACUAUUGAGCAUUGUAUUGUAAGCAUGACCAUUAUAAGUGGGAUGCUCACCGUAACAAUGUUCAUAGUUAUCUUGACUUGGAAGUGUUUGUUAUAACUAAACCAGUAGAAUGGAAUUAUUUACCAGUUUUACCAUGCUUUAUGCAUAAUAGUCAAAUUGAACACUCUGUUGUAUGAAUGACCAUUAAAAGUGGGAUGCUUGGUAUAACAAUAAGCAUAGUCAUCCUGAGCAGGGCCUGCUUUCAAUAACUAAAACCUUGGGGUUUUGACAUUUUCCUUCUAGUUAUUUUAAAAAGGGAUAUCAUUGUUUUGGAAAUGACGCGAGCCAAUAUGGAUGGUGAGGAUGGACAAAAGAAAGUUUGAGCCAAUCUAGCUUUUGGAAAGUAUCCCUUAGUUUAUUGAUGCUACACAUUUUUUAUAAAAAUAUUAAUCGGCUCAGCAACCAUAUCUCAGCCUCCUUUUUUCUGCUCUUACGCUUAACUGAAAAGAACCAAAAAAUAUUUAUGAUUUUAAAACAUCGUUUUUGAAUUAAAUUGAAGUAUGUACUCACAUAGUGCAAUAAAGCAAAGCAAAUACUUAGUAAUACAGUCCGUUGCGAAACAUGACCUUCUAUUUCGUAGGACUUGAAACCGAUUCUUAGUGUACAGACCAUUUGUGAGGUUCAUAUUUGGCUACUAAAUACCUUCCCUGACUGGGACUCUACCAUACAACGGGUAAUGAUGCUAUCACCUUACCGUAAUAUUACAGAGAUAAUAUUAGUGCGAUAGUUAAAAAAAUAAAAUUACAGAGUACGCCAAAAAACACGCACGUAUGUUAUUUAUACAUUUUUCACUGUAAUGGCCGCAUCCUGCAGAAAGACUUAAUGGGAUCGCAAACAUUGACAAGUUUUAUGGUUGUUAGUAAUACAAAGCAUUGUCAGCUGAAAAUCACUAUACGCAAAAGCUGCUUUCGACAAGGGUAAAGUCCACAUCAACGGUCUAUAUAGUUAUUUUAACCUUUACAUUCCUAUAACAACUAUACAUUUAGUGUUCACGACUUAUUAAUAUAUUGUGCAGAGGACAAUCAAACGAAAAGUAGUUAUAACAAUGGCACUGUUUACAUUCAAGAUGUUUACCAUGUUCAUAUUUUUAUUUUUACUUGAAUUUUAAUAGUGAUUCACACUAUUCAUUUGUCACUUUAUAGAUGAUAAAUAUUGUUGGAGUGAGCAUGUUCAAAUUGUCGUAAAUAACAACAGCAUAGUUAAGCGGUAAUCGAUUUUUGUAGUAUUUUUUGGGAUACAGAUGUUUAGUAUUACUGAUCUCAUGGUCAUUACUGCUAUUUCGGGGAAUAGUUAAAACAACCACGAAAGUCUGGUCACAGAUACUACAGGUUUUUUCUCAGUGCAUGUUCGUCCGCAUUUUUUUUGACCGGGUAUCGCCUGACCAUGUUCGUCCGCAUUGUUUUGACUGGGUUGCUGCUACUCCGGUAUCGAUCUGGACUACCCAAGUAACCAUAAGCACAAAGCCAUUGCACUAUAAUGGCUAUAUAUUUGAACUAAUGUUGCAUUGAAACUCCAUUACAGCAUUAAACCGAAAGGAAACAUAAGAAAUGGUUUCAAAAUCAUGGCGGACAAUGACAGCAUCCUAAAACUUUUUAAUAACAUUAGUAUUGCCAAUAUAAGGCUUUCAAAAUCAACAUUUGUGCGCUGGUGCUAUAUAAUAGCAUUAGUACUGCAGAAACGAGCUGUCAAUCUCUGCACAGUAAUAGCACUAUAUUUCGCCUUUUCUGGCAUAAUAUCAGCAUUAUAUCAGUAUUUAGGGCUUCACGGCUCUUUAAGAUAACUGUAUAUAUGGAUCUAAAGCAGAUAUUAAGCUACGUUAUAAUGCUUAUUGGUUACUUGGGUGGGGGGGAAGCAAUGUCGUAUAUACACAAGAUGGAGAGAAAGGUGGGAACAUUUGACACUUUUGAGUGUAUUAGUAUUAUACUUGCAAAAUUAAGCAUGGCGGCUGGGGCCCUUGAAGUAAACAUCAAUAUCCGAACGAGCAUCCUGAUUCUUAAGCGCACGAUGAAAAGUGAGAAAAAGCCAAGCUUCACUUCGGAUCUAUCGAUUAGAACACUUAUGGACACUUUUUACCUCGAAAAAAACCGAUUAAAUUAACUAUGACCGAUCCGAAACAAAACUUAUGGCAGCAGAAGGGCCCACUACGGCAACCGUUUGUGCUUUUCUUCUUCAUAUCCUCUUGUUUUUUCAGCUUCAUCAAAGAAAAAUGACAACCGCACUCACACACACAAAAAAAUGUGCACACCUGUAUCCGCCUUGGUAUAUACAGGUAUGGCGAAGAGGGCACUUUGGUAUUCGUAAGAUGAAUCUUAGAUGAGUGGUGUGAGUGAUCACAGAAUAAAUCGACUUGCUUUCGUCAUACCGUUCGCUCCGCUCCAUUGAAUCGUGUGAACGCUAUGACGUCGACCCGAUGUGCUUCUGGAUUGUUUACAUAUUUUUGGUUGCCAAUACUAGCAAACCGUGUGUUCUGCCACACCUAUAUAUAUAUACCUCAUUGUAGCUGAAGUGCACAGUCUUAGCAAUCCGUGAAAAAAAUACUUUCAGUGAGGGACUUCCUCCAUGUUCAGUCUAUUUCGCUGAUCUGUAUGGUGUUCUGCUAUAGUUUGAAAUAUUUAAAGCAUCGAAAGUGCGGAAAUGUUAAACUUUUCUAGCUCUGAUCAGGGAUGCCAUUAUGCCAGAUUUAUCUGGCACAGCCAGAGUUUUUGGCAGCUUCCAGACAAAAAGACAAACCUCGCGUUCUACCAGAUUUUUAAGUUUUAGAAGCUGCUACACACACAUUUUGAAAAUUUGAAUAAUAAUGUCCCAAAUUUUACAAAAAUCCAUUGAUACAGGUUCUAUGAAAACUAAAAUGUAUACCAAAUUUCGAUGACUUUGAGGUCGCUGUCAAGUGCCAGAUUUUUCCAGACAUUUUUAGUUGAACUGCCAGAUUUUCUUUAAGAAAUAGUGGCAACCCUGGUUCUGACUUGUCUGAUCUUUGGUUACAAAGUGAUCUGAAAGGGAGGAACAAAAAAGUGUUUGAGCAUGUUCGGAAAAAAAAUUGGUCGAGAGAGUCUUACUUCAAAGCAUAAACAAGCGAUAGUCCACUUGUGCUCAAACUUCCAAGAAUAAUGGCGUAGUUGCAAGCGGAACCGUGCUCUGUUUCAAAAGCGCAACGCUUUCCGGACAAGUAUUUCCUGAAUUGUAUUUUCCUCGGGAUGAUAAAUCGAAGAGGGGUUUCGAUCACCUUUCUGAUCGCAACAAGAGAAGACGAGUUUCUGGUCUACGAUACGAAAAGUGUGCUUCUGAGCUUGCAUUUGCUGCACAAAUGAAUGCUCGCAGUGAAGGCAAUGAAGCUGCCGCCAAACCGCUCACGGAAGUUAUUCAAUCAACUCCAACGCGGUCAAAACGCAUACAAAAACAUGAAAGACGCAGAAUACAUCAUCAGCUGAUCCUUUUCAAAAAUCAAUGGAGUAUUGCAAGAUGACGUCAUAUGAGUUAAAAUGCUCGGAAAAAUGACAGUUCAGCGAACUUGUUUACAUGGUGUUAGAAUUCGAACCAAGUUUCUUAUACUGGGUGGAACAAAAAAAAUUCCAAGUCCAUGUAAACAAGCUCUCGGUGCUGACAGAAAAGUGAGGUUAUACAUUUUUAUGCAAUGCUCUAUAUUAGUCACACUAUGAGAUGUAGCAUGGUUGAUGUUAAAGUUUGUAGUGCUUUGUCCGAAUUAUCAUGUCAAAAAUGCUUCGUGUGUGGUGCUUCACCCAAAGAGUUCAAUAAUAUAAACGAAACACAAAAGAAAACUCCAAACAAAAAGAUGUUUCUAUUAUGAAUAAGAAUGGCAGUAGUGUAGCUUAUUUAUUCAUUAUUUUUAUAUAAAUCAGAUGUAUGGAGAGUCUGCUUCAUAUAACAUACAGAUAAGAUGUAAUGUGUUGGCAGGCAUGGAAACCCCAUGAAAAAUUAAGCGUGUCAGAUCGAAAAAAACUACAUACAGGAAUCAUUUAAAAUACAGACUGGUCUUGUUAUCGAUGUUCCUAAACAAGGUUCUGGUUCAUCAAAUGAUGGAAACACGGCCAAAAGAUUUUUCGAGUACGAUGUAGUAACCGCUUCAAUCACGAAAAUAAACGAAGAACUGAUUGAGAGAUUUUCAAAUAUUUUGGCAGUAAUAUCUUCAGGAUUCGAGAUAAAUGCAGCUCAGCUAUAUAUGAAACUGUACGGCUGGUAUAAAAUGCCAUCUAGCGUACACCGUAUUUUAAUUCAUAGAGCAGACAUCAGGGUCGGCGGAACACCUUUUUGCCGAAUGGAUAGUAAGAUUCGAAGUGAUUUCUCCUGGUACUGACGAAAGUUCAGUUUCCAGAUCUGGACCAGUUUCCGGAUCCCGACCAGUUCCCGAAUCUGGACCAGUACCCGGAAAUGGACCAGUCCCUAGAUCUAAUCCAUCCCCUUACCAGCCACAGAUUUGCUGUUUAGAUCUAGCCAAGUGUAUGGAUCCGGACCCUCGGCUCGGAUACGUGGAUCCAAACUGGCUUUCCGUACACGACUGGAAGGACUGUUAAUGUUUUGUGUAGUCGCUACCUUGCUGUUGACGUCCGUGAUAGAAAUCAAAUUUCAAUUUAACUCCGACCGAAAUACAACACCACUAUUCCGUGUCGGUUUUUAUUCUGACUGUACUUUGAAGCUAGCCGAGUGUGAGCCGAUCUUCAAAUACGGAAUGUGUCGUGUAGAGAAAAUUGAAAGUGGUCUUUAUCCACAUUGUGUUCGUUUUGCUUAAUGUGCAAUACAAUGACAAGCGAAGUGCUACACAUGACGCGUUAAUAUUUAUUGUAUAAGAAUUGCUGAAACAUGAGUUCGACGCAGAGAAGAUUUGAAUGUGUUGGUAUUGCAGUUUGGGGAAUUUUUUGUUGGGACCGUUUUAGUAUUAAACGUCUUGCUAUUAGAACAUUUUUCUUAUUAUCGUGAAGGUAUUACGGCCGAGUUUUGAGUGUACCAGAUACUACAAAUGUUCCACAGCUAAGUACCAAUUAUUCCAUUCUUUUGAAUUUCAUUGUAUUAAGUUUCCGUUCCCUGCUAUAAAACCUUCCGUUCACAGGUAUACUGAAGCCCGUAUCAGAGGCGUAGUUAGGGGGAUACGGUGAGGGGCACCCCAAAUCACUCACCACCCUUCCUUAAACCGCCCUUUCCUCAUCGUUUAUCCCCCUACUCGAAUAAAAUUUUCUGGUUCCUCCGGAAUAAAUUUUCCUAGUGGGUCUGAAAAACCAGGGAAAAAUUUGGUUUGAAAUGAUUUUGAGUUGAGAAACUAAUUUAAAAUUUCUUAACAAGUUGAAAAUUUCUGGCGGGGUCCAACCCCCGAGUCCUCCUUCUGGAUCAUCGUUGGUUUCAAGUGUUUCAGCGUCGACACAUAGCAAUUCAAGUUCGUAGCUGUCGAUUCAUUGUACGUAUGUGUAAAUCGCACUGAAUAUGUAAUAGACAGUUCCACCAUUAAAUUAAACAUAACUUGCCAUGGGAAUCGUAGUUUGGAUAAAUGAGAAAGGCACAAUUGCACCACUAGGUGGGUUAAAACGGGUUUUAAUGAACGUGUCCAAUGGAAAACAGACAGAGAAAGAAUGACCGGAACGGUGAGAAUGAAGAAACGGUGAAAAUUCACCUUUUUUAUUGGAAACACUGAGAAAAGAUAUGUCCUCAAGCAGGAAUCGAACCUGCGAUCUCUCAGUCUCUAGUUGAGUGCGUUAACCACUCCGCCAUCGAGGAACUGUGAUGAUACUGUCAUCACAUAUUCCCAACAGUAUCGUGAUCACCGCCGCAGCCUCCAAUUCCUUCCAAUUUACCUAUCGACCACCAGUGUCUUCUAUAAGGAGUGAUAAUAAAUAUCUCAAGCCUUUAGCGCAGUCCACUGGACCUAAAAAUAGAUAACGAGAGAGAUUUGACCCGAUCGAUGAGAGGGAGUGAAUGCAAAUUCAUUUAUAUGACUUGUUUUAAUAAAUUGUUUUUUCCGAUUCACAAAAUUACGUUUUACGAGAAGCCAAAUUCUUACAAAAAUGGCUCUCUAUUAUUGUUGAAGCUCAGUUGUAGUUACUAAAAUGAAAUGUAACUCUAUUGUAAUGGAAGUUAAUCUUUCCCAAAACAACCAAAAAGCAAAUGUACAUUUUGAAACACAACAAAAAUACUUAAUUGUGAUAUCGUAACAGAACGGAGUGGUAAAAAUUCACGGAUGGAUAGAGCACAUAUUAUGCUAAUAUUAUAUACUUACAACAGUGCGAAACGAUGAUAGACGAAGAAAGAUCCAUUAUCGGUUAACUCGUUUGUUCAGUAAGUCACUAAGAAAUCUCACUGUAGUGUAAUAGUCAUUCAUUAAUUUCCUAAAAACUGUAUCUCACCUUUAUGUAACUAACACUGAAUACGCGUGAUAAUUAGAAAAUAAAGUAACACUUGUUUCCGUA